CUGUAUAUUGUGUGUGUGUGCUGUACAUAUAUAUGAAGUGUGCAAAUAUCUGCGUGUCCGUUUUCCUUCCUUCUCCCAAAGCACGCAAGAACUUUCGGCCAUUUUUUCGGGGUGUUUGUUGUUUUCACCAAAACACGGAGCUGUUCUGAGGUCGACGCUGAGUGGAGGCUUCCGGUGAACCUUCGGCUACUUUGGAGGAGGGUAAAAUGAUCCCAGAUCAGUGUGUGUCUCGGUGUCAUGCCAUCCCCCAUCGCGCUGCUCAGUGCUCGCCAGCCUCGCGAUAGCCUCGCCUACCAGAAUCAAAGCUCCGCUCGCGAACUGGAUGCUGCGAGCGAGGAGGCGCGCGGUGCGGUCACCAUGCAAAGGUUACACUGGAUCCGCUUCAGCGAGUAUCUGAAGAAGCCGCUCCUCCGCAGGACCCGCACGGCUCACAAAAUGCGAGACGUCUAGCAACGCGAACGCGGACUACACAACGUUUACCGGCCCGUUUGCCUUCGCCAGGUGUGAAACGAUGGUCGCAAGUUUGGGAUUUCCGCGAACGGAUGUGUGUACGCUGGCUCCUCUCGGCGGCAAAGUGGCUUCAUGAGUGUCCAAAGUAACAGUGGAAGUGGUGGUGGAAGUUUGGAGGCGACGCCAUCUUGGUCGCAGCUCUCCUCGUCCCCAACGAUUUCUCAACAACAUAUAACGGCGACCGCAAAGACCAAGGAAGGCCCCAUGGACGAGCUGCACAGUCUGGACCCCAGGAGGCAGGAGCUGCUGGAGGCCAGGUUCACAGGGGCUGUCAGUGGCAACACGGGAGGCAGCACCGGGAGCACCAGCGGGGGAGCUAAGGGUCUGGCCAAUGAAUCCUCUAACCACAGCUAUGGAAGUCUGGGCUCAUCGAGUGAUAAGGAGUCAGAGAACUCUGAUUUGAAAAGAGGGAGCUCCCCUGCCUACUCAACCCCGGAGAAGAAGCACUCGGAGUCGUCCAGGGGGAGGAAAAGGAAAGCUGAUACCUACUCAGAGAGUAGUCAAGGGAAAACCUCUACACGUGGACCCAAGAUCAGCGACUACUUUGAUUUUCAGGGUGGAAAUGGCUCCAGUCCAGUCAGAGGCCUCCCGUCAGCUCGACGCUCUCCGCAGAACUCGCACUCUGCCCCAGGCUCAAUCAUCCGACAGAAUAGCUCCUCUCCCACCAGUCUGUGUUUUGGGGAACACAAUCCCAAAGCGUCCUCGAGCAAAUUUGUCCAGACGGAACUGACAGGCCUGAAACUUGCUGCCCUGGAGAGCAACAAGAGUCUGGACCUGGAAAAGAAAGAAGGACGAAUAGAUGACCUGCUCAGGGCUAAUUGUGACCUGCGGAGACAGAUUGACGAACAGCAAAAACUCCUGGAGAAAUACAAGGAGCGACUCAACAAGUGCAUCACAAUGAGCAAGAAACUGCUCAUAGAGAAGAGCACCCAAGAGAAGCAGUCCUGUCGGGAGAAGAGCAUGCAGGAUCGCCUUCGUCUCGGUCACUUUACAACUGUCAGACACGGAGCCUCGUACACGGAGCAGUGGACUGACGGAUAUGCAUUCCAGAACCUGAUCAAGCAACAGGAGGGCAUCAACCAGCAGAGGGAGGACAUAGAGCGACAGAGGAAGCUGCUGGCCAAGAGGAAGCCUCCGAACCCCGCGUCUCCCUCCCUCUCUGUGGCCUCCACGUCUGAACCCAAGCAACGCAAAACUAAGGUGGUCAACGGCAACGAUUCGGACCCCUUCCUGAAGCCCUCCUUGCCCCAGCUACUGACCCUUGCUGAGUACCAUGAGCAGGAAGAAAUUUUCAAGCUUCGCCUUGGACACCUGAAGAAGGAGGAGGCUGAGAUCCAAGCAGAGCUGGAGCGGUUGGAGCGUGUGAGGAACCUUCACAUCAGAGAACUGAAGAGGAUAAACAACGAGGACAGCUCGGCAUUUAAAGACCAUCCCACUCUGAACGAGAGGUACCUGCUGCUGCACUUGCUGGGCAGGGGCGGCUUCAGUGAAGUCUACAAGGCUUUUGACCUGUUUGAGCAGCGCUACGCAGCUGUUAAAAUCCACCAGCUCAACAAGAACUGGAGAGAGGAGAAGAAGGAGAACUACCACAAGCAUGCAUGCAGGGAGUACCGGAUACACAAGCAGCUGGACCAUCCCAGAAUAGUCAAACUAUACGACUAUUUCUCUCUGGAUACCGACACGUUCUGUACAGUGCUGGAGUUCUGUGAAGGGAAUGACCUGGACUUCUACCUGAAGCAAAACAAGCUGAUGUCAGAGAAAGAGGCCCGCUCCAUCGUCAUGCAGAUCGUCAGCGCCCUGCGUUACCUCAACGAAAUCAAACCCCCCAUCAUCCACUAUGACCUCAAACCUGGAAACAUCUUAUUGGUGGAUGGUACCGCAUGUGGAGAAAUCAAGAUUACGGACUUUGGCCUGUCGAAGAUAAUGGACGACGAUAACUAUGGUGUGGACGGGAUGGACCUGACAUCACAGGGAGCAGGCACCUACUGGUACCUCCCUCCAGAGUGUUUUGUGGUGGGGAAGGAGCCGCCUAAGAUCUCCAACAAGGUGGACGUGUGGUCCGUAGGAGUGAUCUUCUUCCAGUGCCUCUAUGGACGCAAACCGUUUGGUCACAAUCAGUCACAGCAGGACAUCCUGCAGGAAAACACCAUCCUCAAAGCCACAGAGGUCCAGUUCCCAGCGAAGCCGCAGGCCAGCACAGAGGCCAAGGCGUUUAUCCGGCGCUGCCUGGCCUACCGCAAAGAGGACCGCUUCGACGUUCACCAGCUGUGCUCGGACAGCUACCUCCUCCCUCACAUGAGACGCUCAAACUCCUCGGGCACCCUCCAGCCCUCGGCCUCAUCUCUCCCCGCCUACUGACUCGCGAGCCUGACGGGACCCACCGGCCGAUCUCGGGGCUGGAUUAUUAGAAUCGGAGGAUAAUAGACGUGGAUCUUUUUCCUUUUCUUUUUUCUUUUUUUUUUUUUUUUUUUUUUACCUGAGCUCGUCCCUCAAACGGAUGAAUAAGCAACGAAACGAAAACGUCUUAUGGAAACGAGAGAGAGAGCGCGGGAAGGGAGGACGCAGCCGCUGCGUUGUACAGAGUUGUGCCCUUGAACUCAAGCGUCUGAGAGACGGGACGGAAUACGAAAUGAGACUGAAAACUAGAGGUGGAAAGAGAGCGGGGCGGAGACGACGGAGGCUCGUUGUUGUUCGGAGCGAGGACAGAAAGUGAUGAAGCCAGUGGAUUCGUUUAUGGACUUAAAAACUCCUUAGGAGUCAUUACAGCAGUAUAGGACCUCCUAGACGCCCUGUCCAACACCACUUCACUAACAUGAACACAUAUAUAUGUCAUUAUACACCUCUGAGGUGGUUAAGAAUUAUGUCAACAUAAAGCUGCAGUAACAGUUUCAUUACUUAUGAGGGUGGAGGUUUAACAGAAGAGUGGUGCAGAGGAGGUAUGAGUGUUUGUAUAUCAAAUAUUGACUACCUGCCAUUAAUGUUAAUGAGGCACAAAAUGCUACUUAAGAUGCUCACUGAGCUGAUUCUUUCAGCCGCGCCUGCACGAAGCAGGGGCCGAUUUAAAAAGAGCUGGUGGAACCUUGACGGGACUACGUUCCAGAUUCAAUUUCUGGGGUCGAUUUUUGCACUUCCAAUCAAGUUCAUCUGGUCUCAGAUUUGGUGUGAAGUACCACAAUGUGGGCUAGCUCUCUCCUUAUCCACGGUCAAGUCCUCCGUUCAGAUUUUAGUUGUCGCCAAGCAAUUGUGGUCCGCAGAGAGUGGACCGCUGAUUCUGUCUUAAUCCAGUUUUUGUCGUUUCGAGGGCAGAGUGUCAGUACCAUGUCUUCGUAGAUGUGCCCGUCAGCCCGCCUGAAGAACCGGACUUUCAUCAGAGGCUGAGUCGGCUGUUACCGGGCGACAGUAGCCGUCGUCCGGGGGCACAGAAUUCAAUGUACAUUUCAUGUGCAGGAGACAUUACUCACUAGCAAAUAUAUAAUAAUGAGGCUUUUCCUUGCUUCUCAGUGUCUCGGUUUGCUCCGUUUAUUUGUGUUUUUCCUCCUAAAAAAGCUGUUCUCAGUUUGCUGCUAUAAAUGUUGCUUUUAGUUUGUAACGUGUGAAUGAUCUUCACCGCGCAUAUGUGCAUACUUGAACUGUGUUAAGAGGAAAUUUCCAGAGCCUCUUUUGCUGAAACAGACCACCCUGCUGUGCUGUUGGAGGGAAUGCCAUGCAUUCUCCUGCCACCGACAUCAAGUGUCUAUGUAUUUUUUUUUUUUGUUUGUUUUUGUUUUUUCGUUUUGUUUACGUCCAUGUAAAAGUCCGACAAACGUUAUGAGGAGCAAAGUCCCAGUGCACAGUGGCCACGACCUGUAGAAGUGUGUGUGUGUGUGCGCGCGCUCGCUCCGGAGCUGCAGCUCGACUCCGCUGCAGCCAGAAGUUAAGUGGAUAUAUAUCCAAAUGUUGUCAUCCUGUAAAUAAAACACUUACCUGUAUGUUGUUGUGACAUGUUAAGCCCUCUCAAACGCAGGCGUCCUCCCCGAAGCACUCCCCGAGAAACAGGCGCGUCCUGGGCUGAGAAGUCAGAUGAAAGACCGGCGGGAGCAGUUCACAGCAAGAUGUGGGCGUCACUGCUUUCGCUUGCUCCCACCUGCUUUAAAAAAACAAAAACAAAAAAAACAAAAACAGCAACUGUUGAUUUCCUUUUGUGCGAGUUGUUUGAUGAUGAAAAUACUCCAUGUAGUUUCAGUAACAUGACAGGUGCAUUAAAUUCUCACAGCUCGCUGUUCCCAAAUGAAAGCAAGUGAUGAAGUGCAAUGAAACGUAAAUUGUGUAUUUUUUUCUUUUUCUUUUGGUGUACUAUGGCACAAACCGAUCCCCUCCUGUCCAGUCCCCCCCCCCUCGCCCCUUCUACUUGACACAACAUCAGAAAAUAGGUGCUAGCAUCAAGUGCAUAUAUCACGAGACUGACGACAACCCUGUGUGGACAGAUGUAAGUACAGCCAUUAGUGAGGUACAUGUCGGCUCACAUCAGCGGUGGGGGUGCAACGCUAAGCCGUGUCAUUCACAUGCAAUAAAGAUUGCCUUUCAAGUAUUAAUUCCUGUAGUGUGACCCAUAUUUCCUGCGGAGGGUUAUGCAACCUUACUGGAAGCGUGGCAAGAUGGAGCGCAGAGGUGGAAGAUGACAGCCGCGUGCAAAUGAACACAAACGCAACGUCAACAUAAUACAGAUUCUUGUAUUUGCAGAUUUAGAGUAAGUUACCUGGUCUAAAUACAACUUUGAAGUGUUCCAUGUGUGGUGAUUUCAGAUUUCUCUUCGAUUUAGAAAGCGAAAGAGGUUGAAUUCAAAUGAAAACCUCGGUCCCAUCAUACGCCAGAUGAGCCGGUUGUCCCUCCAACAUCAAGAGGACGCACUAUCCCGUUCUUUGGCAGCUCCAGUGUUCGAAUGCGAGAUUUUCAUCUUAGAUUUUUCCUUCAGAAAUCUACACAGAGCAUCCCAGUGUCAUUUAUUUUAGUCAGUUGCUCCGUUGUAAGUUUGCACCACUUCAAAUUAUGUUUGAGGCUCACGCUGUGAUCACAGUCUCAAGAUGACACUAUUUUAGAGUAUGUGGUAGUUCGGCCUUUAUUUAUGCAUCAGGAGGAAGCCGCCACUGUGUCGUUAGAUGAGAAAUCAAACCACAUAAAUUAAGACCGCUGAUUUUUCCUUUACUACAGGGACACAUUUCCACGCUGCAGUGGCUACAUUUAAGAGAAAAGUGUUCACUUGUUGAAUAAAUGUGUAUUACUCUGACCAUGAUCACUCAUAUCUUAAAUACAUCCUUCAGGUUUUGUCCACUCUCACCUGUAUUUCACUGGAGUCUCGUGUUUAUUGACAUGAUUAUUUAGGAUCAUUAUCAGGACUGGAGAGGUAUUUUACCCCCAUCUGCUGCCAUGAGCUGAUGCAGGAUAUGACCCUCUUGGCUUCCCGUAGCAUCGUCUUAACUGCUUCCAUUUUACUCCCACGGCUGCUUUGUUCUUCAUCUUCCAAUUAGUUUUUAUUUGCGUGAAGCUGCACAGAGGGCGUAGAGGAGCCUUUAAGAUGAGCAACAAACUGCACAUUAAGACACAGAGAGAGACCAUGUAAAAUUCAUUUGGCUUUAUUGCUUGCACUGUGCAUACUGUAGAUGAUUUCAGAAGGUUCAGUAACAGUGACACCUUGUGGCUGUACUACAGCACUGCCAACCGAUGCCAUCGACUGAGGCUGAGCUGUGUAAUCAAUAACCUCGCGGCCAUGUUUCAGCCUAAACUCAGUCACCCAACACUCCGCUCAGUGGCUCGUGUGUCUCCUCUGGCAUGGCCCUCAGGCUGGUAUCGACUGUGUGGCUGAGAUGGUGUUUACUAUAGAGUUCCGGAUAUACAUGGAUACAUACAGGGAGACUAAUCAUUUCAAAACACAAAGCUGGUGCAAAAUAAUGCAGGUUCAUUCAUUGGGUGGAGACAUACAGCAAUUUCAACAAAAAUGAAUCAAAUAACCUACAGGUCAGGGGUCUAGUAACUAAUAUAAAGGUUAUAUUUUAGAGCUGGAUGAUAAGACAAAGUCUAAACCUCGAUGAAGUCAUAAUCAAGUUUAAAUUUUAAUAUUAAUCUCUGGAUUUCUUCUAACACCACAAGUUAUAUAACUGCUGCCCUCAUCUGAAUUAUGUAGGAUUCAGUAAAUUGUGUUUAUCGCCCAGCUCCAUUAACAUCCACUGGUUAUAAAAACAGAAUUGAAACGGAGCAUUUCCAGAUCAGAAAGGGGGAAAUCAUUUCUUUGCCUCACUGUAACCGCUGAAGUGCAAAGCAAACUACAAACGAAGAGUAGACCUCAUCCUCAUCAUACAGUAGCUCAGACAAGCUGCAGUGCUACCAUUUCCUCAGCCUAAUGACAAUGUGGCAACGCAGACACGAUGGUCAGACCGGUCCACCCCCGUCCCCCACUCUUCACAUCCCUCGUCCAUCCACACAAGCUUCCUGACCACUAACCGGAGUGUGCUGACCCAUGUGUCUGAACUGUAGCGUCUGUCUGCUUGUCCCUCUCGGCCAAAUAAAUAAAAAAAAAAAAAAAAA